GCGCCGGAAGUAGCGUCGCGGGAGGGCGGAAGUGAGGGCGGCGGCCGGCAUGGCCAAGCAGUACGACAUGGUGGAGUGCCCGUUCUGCGAUGAGGUCUCCAAGUACGAGAAGCUCGCCAAAAUCGGGCAGGGAACCUUCGGGGAAGUGUUCAAAGCCAAGCACCGACAGACGGGCAAAAAGGUGGCGCUGAAGAAGGUGUUGAUGGAAAAUGAGAAGGAGGGGUUCCCCAUCACAGCUCUGCGAGAGAUUAAAAUCCUCCAGCUGCUCAAGCAUGAGAAUGUGGUGAACCUCAUAGAAAUCUGUAGGACCAAAGCCUCUCCAUACAACCGCUGCAAGGGGAGUAUCUACCUGGUGUUUGACUUCUGUGAGCAUGACCUGGCUGGCCUUCUCAGCAACACCCACGUCAAGUUCACGCUCUCAGAGAUCAAGAAAGUGAUGCAGAUGCUAUUGAAUGGACUUUAUUACAUCCACAGGAACAAGAUCUUGCAUCGAGACAUGAAAGCUGCCAACGUUCUGAUCACGCGGGAUGGAGUCCUGAAGCUUGCAGACUUUGGGCUGGCUCGAGCUUUCAGCCUGGCUAAGAACAGCCAGCCAAAUCGCUACACCAACCGUGUUGUGACCCUGUGGUAUCGGCCACCAGAGCUGCUGCUAGGGGAGCGGGACUACGGGCCCCCCAUUGACCUCUGGGGUGGAGGCUGCAUCAUGGCAGAGAUGUGGACCCGCAGCCCCAUCAUGCAGGGGAACACGGAGCAGCACCAGCUCACCCUCAUUAGCCAGCUCUGCGGAUCCAUCACGCCAGAGGUCUGGCCGAAUGUGGAUAAGUAUGAGCUGUACCAGAAGCUGGAGCUCCCCAAGGGCCAGAAGCGCAAGGUGAAGGAUCGCCUGAAGGCCUACGUCAAGGACCCCUAUGCACUCGACCUCAUCGACAAGCUGCUGGUGCUGGACCCGGCCCAACGCAUCGACAGCGAUGAUGCGCUGAACCACGACUUCUUCUGGUCAGACCCCAUGCCCUCGGACCUCAAAAACAUGCUGUCCACCCACAACCAGUCCAUGUUCGAGUACCUGGCCCCGCCGCGCAGGAGGGGUGGGCACAUGCCCCAGCAGCCAGCAAACCAGGGCAGGAAUCCUGCGGCUACCAACCAGACUGAGUUUGACAGGGUGUUUUGAG